CAUGCCCUGAAGUCAGAGUCCUGCACAGAAUUAUAUUGAAUAUGAAUCAAUCAAGUAAGCUCUCAAUUGGAAGGUCGAAUCUCCAACCAUAAGAUUAAGGGAUCAAGCAUCGAUACUUUCAACAAGUAAGCUCUCGCUAUACCAAUCAACCAACUCUGGUGUAUGUUUGGUUGGAAAGUCGAACCUCUUGCCAUAGUAUCAAGGGAUGAAACUACUUACGCGCAAACAGCAUGUCCAACCUCAUGAAUAGGCCGAGAAAAGAGGAGACUAAAGAAAGGAAACAUCGACAAUUGAAUUCACAAUCUUACCCGUAAAAGUGGUACAUGCUCCAAUGGAAACAGGACCGGGCCGAUUCUCAUGGUAUGGAUUGUGUAUCAAUAUAUAAUGUAUAAUUAAAUUUAUUUCCAUUUUGCAUGUAAAAUUUCUGAACAUAAUUAAGUGACUUCAUAUGGGUAUGUGUAGUUGAAGGAACAUCUGUCAUGAAGUACAUUGAGAUUUGGGAGAUAAAGUUGUCCUUAAAAAUAGGUUUAAGAGUGUACAUAUCAACAGUAUCCAUGCAUGAAUAAGUCAAAAGUUACAACACAUUUGAGUCUUGACAUGAAGUCAAACAUAGUGAUAAUAAGCAUUCUAGUGCUCUUGCUUAUUGCUCCAAUCACACAACAAAAAAGCCUUCCAAAACAAAGUUUAUCUAAAACCCAUCAACUUGAAAAUGAGAAAACAACAAGAACAAAUAAUCAUCCAAUUAAUAGGAAACAAAGACAAAGGCAAAAAAGAGGUUUUAGAAAUAGAGGCAAAUCACCAAUAAGAGACCUCAAUUGUGAUCCACUCUAUGCCUUGUUAUUUGAUACUUGUGGUCAAUGGCCUUUUCUUACUUCCCCUUCUCCUAAUAAUCCUUUUCUCCCUACACCAUCACCAUCACCCUCACCACCGCCGCUACCACCACCUCUACCACCUUCGCUACCUCCACCUAUAGUAUUCCCUCCUCCACCAUUGCCUCCCACCCCCUUUAUUUUCCCACCACCAACGCUGAUACUGCCACCUCCAUUACCACCACCAAUGCCAAUAUUGCCACCACCGCUGCCACCACCAAUGCCACUACUACCACCACCAUUGCCACUACUGCCACCACCUGCAUUACCUCCGCCUUUAUAUCCACCACCGUUACCUCCGGCACCACCACCUGUUGUUUUCUUGCCGCCACCUUCACCGGACAUUCAACCACCCCCUCCAUUGGUCCCGUCUCCACCUAUGUAUCAACUACCACCUUUUGGUCCACCAGAAACACCAACACCUUUAGCGCCAAUAACAGUUGUGCCUUCUCCACCUCCAACGUUUAUUCUUCCACCAAUGCCACCACAAUUGAUACCUUCUCCACCUACACCGUUGACAACACCAAUAAUAGCACCACCACCGCCAUUGGAGGUUCCAUCAUCGCCAAUAUCGUUUAUGCUUCCUCCGUGGACACCUCUACAAACUCCUCCAAUAGUUUUCUCAUGGCCACCAUUUCCAUGGGGAGCACCACCUACUACUAGUGGAAGUAUCAACCAACCACCAUUGACAUGGCCUUGGAAUAUUCCAUCAUCUAAUGAUACAAACCAAUCACCAAUAACUUGGCCAUGGGAAGUACCUCCCGCUAGUGGAACUAGUAAUAUGCCGCCAUCUGGAGAUACUAACCAACCACCAAUAACCACUUGGCCCUGGGAAGUGCCUCCAACUGGUGGAACUAUUAACAUGCCACCAUCUGAAGAUACUAACCAACCACCAAUAACCACAUGGCCAUGGGAAGUACCUCCAAUUGGCGGAACUAUUAACAUGCCACCAUCUGGAGAUACUAACCAACCGCCAAUAACUACAUGGCCAUGGGAAGUACCUCCAACUGGAGGGACUAUUAAUAUGCCUCCAUCUGGAGAUACUAACCAACCACCAAUAACCACAUGGCCAUGGGAAACACCUCCUAGUGUGAGUGGUGAUAUGCCUCCAUUUACUGGUAUUGAUCAACCACCAGUAACAUGGCCAUGACUAACACCUCCACAUGAUGGUGGUGGCCGGAGGUAAAUUUUUAAUAUGCCAUCUUGUAUGUCUUUUUAAUGUUCCAUGGGCUAC